UUCUUAUGCUGGGGUUGGAUGCGGCGGGGAAGACGACGAUUCUGUAUAAGCUCAAGCUUAACCAAAGCGUGACGACAAUUCCUACGGUCGGGUUUAAUGUCGAGACGGUAACAUACAAGAACGUGAAGUUCAACGUCUGGGACGUCGGCGGCCAAGAUAAAAUCCGCCCCCUCUGGCGCCACUACUACACCGGCACCCAAGGCCUCAUCUUCGUCAUCGACUCCCAAGACCGCGACCGCAUCGACGAAGCCCGCACCGAACUCCACCGCAUCAUCUCCGACCGCGAAAUGAAAGAAAGUCUCUUGUUGGUGUUUGCGAAUAAACAAGAUUUGGGGGGUGCGAUGACGCCGAGUGAGGUUACGGAAAGGCUGCAGUUGGGCAAGUUGAAGGAGAGGUUGUGGUAUGUGCAGCCGAGUUGUGCGACGAGUGGGGAGGGGUUGUUUGAGGGGUUGGCUUGGUUGAGUAACCACGUUAAGACGCCGGCGAAGAAAUAGAGUGGUUCAGCGACAUCACUGCACAGCUGCACGAGAAACAACACGUUUU